AUGUUAAGACAAAGGAGUGGUGAAGGGGAGAAGCGUGUGGCAAUAUAUCGGUUAAUUAUGGCUAGUACGUCUAGUGAGGAAAACAAAACAAUGUCGACCACUGACGAAUUUUUCAUAGAACAAAGGAAUAUAGUGUUGCAAGAGAUCAAUGAGACGAUGAGUUCAAUCCUAAACGGUUUAAAUGGUCUGAAUAUUUCCUUGGAAAGUUCAAUCGCUGUGGGGAGAGAAUUUCAGUCCGUUUCGGAUUUGUGGAAGACAUUUUAUGACGGGCUGGAAAGUAUAUCUGAUGAAGUGCCCAUUGACGAGCAAUCUACUUUACCUCAAACGAAGACAACGACUAAAUGA